CCUUCUCCUCCCUCCGCGGGAAGGCCCCGACUCCCGCCAGCUCUGCGGGCCCUCCCCUCAGCAGCCGCCUACAGCCGGCGCAGGGAGGGGAGCGCCGCUCCCUCGCGAGAGGUGCAGCUCGGCGCAGCCCCGCCCCGCCUCGCCUCGGCUCGCCUCGGCUCGCCUCGCCGCCGGGCCGCGGGCGGGCUGUCGGGGGAGGGCCGGCGGGCGCGCAGCGCGGCGGGCAGCCAUGAUGCAGGAAGGCUCGGACGACGGCCCGGAUUUCCUCUCGGAGGAGGACCGAGGUCUUAGAGCAAUAAAUGUAGAUCUCCAGACUGAUGCUGCUCUGCAAGUGGAUAUCUCAGAUGCACUCAGUGAGAGGGACAAAGUGAAAUUCACUGUCCAUACAAAGAGUUCCUUACCAAAUUUCAAACAAAAUGAAUUUUCUGUUGUCCGGCAACAUGAAGAGUUUAUUUGGCUUCAUGAUUCUUUUGUUGAAAAUGAGGACUAUGCUGGCUAUAUUAUUCCACCAGCACCACCCAGGCCUGACUUUGAUGCCUCAAGGGAGAAAUUGCAGAAACUUGGAGAAGGGGAAGGAUCGAUGACUAAAGAAGAAUUCACCAAGAUGAAACAAGAACUGGAGGCUGAGUAUUUGGCAAUAUUCAAGAAGACAGUUGCAAUGCAUGAAGUAUUUUUGUGUCGUGUGGCAGCACAUCCUAUUUUGAGAAAGGAUUUAAAUUUCCAUGUAUUCUUGGAAUAUAAUCAGGAUUUGAGUGUUCGUGGGAAAAAUAAGAAAGAGAAACUCGAAGACUUCUUUAAAAAUAUGGUUAAAUCAGCAGAUGGUGUCAUUGUUUCAGGAGUAAAGGAUGUGGAUGACUUCUUUGAACAUGAAAGAACAUUCCUUGUAGAAUAUCACAACAGAGUCAAAGAUGCCUCUGCCAAAUCUGAUAAAAUGACAAGAUCACAUAAAAAUGUGGCGGAUGACUAUAAUAGAAUUGGUUCUUCAUUAUACGCAUUAGGAACACAGGACUCCACAGAUAUAUGCAAGUUUUUUCUGAAGGUAUCAGAGUUAUUUGACAAAACAAGGAAAAUAGAGGCCCGGGUAUCUGCUGAUGAAGACCUUAAACUUUCUGAUCUUCUGAAAUACUACCUAAGGGAAUCUCAAGCUGCUAAGGAUCUCUUAUAUAGAAGAUCUAGGUCACUAGUGGAUUAUGAAAAUGCUAAUAAGGCAUUGGAUAAAGCAAGGGCAAAAAAUAAAGAUGUACUGCAAGCUGAAACUACUCAGCAAAUAUGCUGUCAGAAAUUUGAGAAAAUUUCUGAAUCUGCAAAGCAAGAACUGAUAGACUUUAAGACAAGAAGAGUUGCAGCAUUCAGAAAAAAUCUGGUGGAACUAGCAGAACUGGAAUUAAAGCAUGCUAAGCCAGUAAUCAGCUUCAGUAACAGAGGCCUUAGAUUUAUGCAUCCUCUACACAACAAAGAUGGGCCACCAAGUCCCCAUGCAUUUCACAUACAUGGAACUUGUUCAUCUCGCAGAAGCUGUUGAAGCCAUAACUGAAACUGAUGUCUUCUGGAUAAGACCAAAAAGGAUUCAGUAGGCACAACUGGGAAUCUUCUGCUUUGAAGCCUUUAAUUUAGUUAAUUGCUUAAUCUGGAUUAUAGGAACCUUAAUGGGGAAUUGAAUUACUAUUUCUUACCUUUCGGGCUGAGGGACAAGUGUCCUUCAGUACCACAGGUCAUUUGGAAUGCUUUCAGCUGAAAAAGUAAGAAUGACAAAUUUUUUAGUACUUGCGUAGACUGUUUAUCAAGGCCUUGCAAAUCACAGCUACUGAUACUGUUUAAUGACAUGCUUUUGUCUGUUUGAAGUUUCAGAUCCAAAGACUUUUUAGAAGGAAGCCAUUUCUCCUGUGUACAUAACUGGGCUGUUAUCAUAGCUGUACUGUUCAUUCAGACUGUUUUGUUCCUGCAUUUUAUCUGAACCUGAUAGGGAUUACUCUUCAUGCUGUCAACAGCCCAGCACUGUUGCUUACAUAGAGCUUUCAGAUUUGGGAACCAGUCUGAUACAGCUAUUUCAUAAAGUUAUCUAAGCAUAAAUGAAUGCAUGAAACAAUGUGAAUACUGGGG